CGUCGGUCGAGUGGCGGUGGCAGUCGCAGGGGCGUGGUUCUGCUCCGCUUUGAAGAGACCGCGUUCACCGCCGCCGUGGUACGCAGCGAUGCCCACCCACUCGCAGAUAACCGCGCGAGAGUCACGCAGAAGGUGUUGGCGUUGUGUUGCUCAUCAGCCGCAGGUGCAAUGCAAACGACUGCGACGGUAAAUGUAUGAUGCAAACUGUGUGUGAUUGGAAGUCUUUAAGAAAACACUGUUGUUGCUUUUUCAAAUGGAGUGCGACGGCAAGUUUUAAAUAUUACAUCCAUUAACACGGAAUAAGUGUGCGUGUUUUACAGAAAGAAAAAAGUGUGUGAUAGUGAUCGUAACAAAAUUAAUGCAAUUAGAAGAAAGGUUCGUUCGUAGUGUGUUUCACUCGAUCAAAGAAGUAACUCCUUAUGUCUAGACUGAUCAUAUGAUCCUUCAUGACCUCAAGAAACGGGAUUUGUAACUUUCGUUUUGUUUUGCACAAAUGAUAAUAUUUCACAUGACAGAUCUGUGUCAUUGCAUGAUAACCCCUUACGUGUGAAAAAGAAAUUGUAAAGAAGUCAUUUAUAAUGUCUGUAAUUAACACCAAAUUUGCGGAUUACAGGAAGUGUCAGACAGAUUGAUACUUUUUGUAAGUAUAUGAAUGAUUAUUUUUCGCUAACCGAAAUGUAAGCAAAACUGUUUAUCAUUGAUGAAAGGGGGAUGGAAACUACACUUUAUUAGCAUUGAAAAGCAGGUAAAAAUAUUCGAACACACGUGCUCCGAUUUGAAGUACCACAACACAAUCUAUUUCAGCGUUUCCAAAUACUCGCGAUAAUGAACGUAAACACGACGAGCAGUUCCCCGUUUCUCGGAAUCGCAGGUUGAAGUGGUCGCAGGUCGGAUCGCUCGGCUGGAAACCGGUUAGGAGAGGCUGGCGGCGAUACUCGCUCUUUGCGGGCACGAGGAAAACCUGUCCGAAAGGCGUCGGCUGAGUCGACCCCGGCAGAAGGCGGCGUCUUGAGGUGAUGGCAAGGCCUUCCGCGGGCGUUGCAACGCCGACAGGGGCGCCGGCGCUGGUGACGCCGUCGUUGUCACUGCUGCAGCGACUGUUGCUCGUUUUGUGCCUGAGCGCGUCGUGCGUUGAAGUCUCCGGCGAUGGGCCCGCAGAUGUAAUCUCCACGAGAGCAUCCAAGAAGGCUGCUGGUGACUUGAUUAGCCCGCUUGCCACUUACGACCUGCUGGAUCUUCCUCGCAACGAUGGAUUUUCACCUUCUCUGGAUGUUUUGGGAUUUCAAAGUCUUCCCGAUGACUAUUCGAAACCACCUCCAGAUUUGAUUUCUUUCGAUCCACAUCUUUCAUCACCACCUCCGUCUCUAAUUCCAAGCUACGUAUCCUCAGCAUUGCCCUCAUCAUCCCCAAUUUCUUCCCAUGUAGUCUCACCUUCAUCCUCAUCAGCUUCAUUUCCUUCCGAUGUCUCUACACCAUGCUCAACAUCUCUAACUCCUUGGAAUGAGCCAUCAGCAUCCUCCUCCUCUGAUGUCUUUGGGGCCGUAACUACCGCUCCAACUGUUAACUCCCCCCACUCACCGAGUAAAAUCACACACAGUGACACGCUUGAGGCCACCGCACUACCAAAUAUUACAACGUCCGCAUCACUGGAUUCGGCCAAGUCUGCCUCCGAGGCUUCGGUCCCCGAAGGCGGUGAAGAAGUGGAAUCCGAGCCCUACGACCUCGCCCGGGGCCCUUUGUCCUGCUCCGACGUGUGGCCGCUGCUCAGGAAGAAGGACAAGGGCCGCUGCUCGUAUCGGUGGGCUGCUGGCGCCGAGUACCCGGAGGUGCUGUGCGAGCUGAUCGGCGGCUACAAGCCCAUCGCCGGGAGCUUCACCACGCUCAUCCACAACGCGGCCACCUACCAGGUGACGUCGACGCGCGUGGGCGACGCGCCUGGGCCCGCCGGCGGCUGGUGCGCCUUCCAGACGCGCUUCGAGCUGCGCAAGGUGGACGCGCUGCCCGCGGGCGUGCCCGUCAGCGCGGACGAGGCGCUGCUGCAGGCGGCGCAGAGCGAGCGCGGCGCGCACAGACGCGAGGGCGACACGCUGCUGGCGCUCGUCUCGCAGGUGACCGCCGCUUCUAAAGCAUCCGUAUCAUCUUUGACACAUCCGCAACCCAACGACACGUGCAAACCGGAAGUGUGGGUCAUCGCGUACACGAAACGGGUGGGCGUAGUAGACCUGUACUUCAACCGCGCGUGGCGUGUCAUCAUGGAGUUCAACCCGGCCUACAUGACGCUGGCCAACUUCCUACUGGGCUACCUGCGGGAGGGCGCGGCGGUGGAGGAGCUGGAGGUGCACGGCGGCGAGCGCUGGGACGGCGCAGACAUCCUCCCGGUCGCCCUUCGGCGCCUGCGCGCCCUCGACUUCUCCAGGAACGGCCUCACCUCCUUCGGCACAGUGAAUUUCGAGAGGAUGCCCAAUCUGCAGCACCUGAACCUCUCCUACAACAACUUGGCGUCCGUGCCGGGCGGCGUGAGCCUGCUGCGAGGGCUGCGUGUGCUGGACCUGUCGCACAACCCGCUGGCGGCGCCGCGGCUGAUGCCGGCGCUGCGGCCGCUGCUGCAGCUGCGCGUGCUCAACCUGUCCGGCACGCCGCUGCCCGGCCUCGACCCGCUGGUCCCGCGCGAGGAACCUCUCGAGCCGCCCACGGCAGCCGGACGCGCCCUGUAUCCGCAGUUGGAGGUUCUCGACGUGAGUACUUGCAACAUAUCCGACGUUGCGUCGGCAGGUGCUCGUUGCUUGCUCAGGAAGGCUCGAAGGCUGCACACCCUGCGCCUGGCGAACAACCCCCUCGCGGCCGUCCCCAGCGACUUCGUUGAGCAGCUCCCUUCGCUGCAGGUGCUGGACCUGUCAGGGUGCAGGCUGACGCAGCCUCCGGGCCUCCGCCUGUGGCCGGGCGCGCGCCUGCAGCUGCUCGACCUGUCGCGCAAUGCGCUGUCGUCGCCGGCGGGGGCGCUGUCAGCGCAGGGCGGCGGGGCGGCGCUGCUGGACGUGAGCGGGAACCCGCUGCGCGGCGAGUGGGGCGCGCACGCGUUCGCGGCGCUGGGGCCCCGCGCAGCCGUCAACCUGUCGCGCACGGAGCUGACGGCGCUGACAGCGACCAUGCUGCGCGCCCUGCGCCCGCUGCGCCUCGUCGACCUCGGCGCCAACCCCCUCGACUGCGCCAAGUGCGCCACUCGCCACCUGCAGCAAUGGCUACGAAAUGGCACUGGUGAGCAAGCACGACCGUCCGUGGGUUUUGGGCGAACUGCUGCCGCGGCUGGAGGGCAGCAACCCACGCUACCGCCUGUGCCUGCACGAGCGCGACUUCCCCCUUGGAUCCCUCAUCGUGCAGAACAUCGUGGAGUGCAUGGCGCGCAGCCGACACACCAUCAUGAUCCUCACGCCCGCCUUCGUGGGCAGCCAGGUAGGCUCCUCACGAUCCUCACACACCCCUUCGUCAGCGGCCAGCUUCGCUCAUUGGCUCUGGCAAAGAAUCCAUUCCUGGUGCUCCUCACACACGCCUUCGUCGGCAGCCAGUGGUGCCAGUGGGAGCUGGAGAUGGCGACGCACCGCCUGCUGGAGGGCGCCGGCCGGGACUUCCUGGUGCUGGUGGAGCUGCAGCCGCUGGACGCCAAGGCCCUGCCGCGCCUGCUGCGCUUGCUGGUGGAGACGCGCACCUUCCUGCAGUGGCCGUCGGGGUGCGCGCCGGGCGGGUGCUGCGGGCGUGGCGCCGAGGGGGCGGAGGAGGCAGCGUGGCGGCGUCUGCGGGCGGCGCUGGGGCCCCCCAUCAGGCGCUCGUCCCGCCACGGCCCUUCCACUCCCGUCCUUCCCAAGCCCGCCCUCCCACCAAACCUCGCCCCCGCCAUCGACGACAAGGCCACCGUGGCCUUCGUCAAAGACAAAGAUCCCCCUCUGAUCGGAGGGGAUUUUCCUUCCAAAAAUUGCAUCGCUCUAGAUGUGUGAUGUUUAUCUGAGAUGGUCAGGUAUUAUUGAGCAUCGUGCUACUGGCGUUUGUAAUAAAACAAACUGCCAUCUAAUGGUCAAGAGAAGUGCGGCGUGAACUUUGUAACGUGUCGCAGAGUAGUUCAUAUUCAUUUCAAUGUAAGAGUACUUUGUGUAAUGCAUUUAUUACGUACAUCAAAUUGGUUGGCUGCCUGUAACAAAAUAUAUUUUCCUGCGCACACAUAUUCAUUUCUAAGCCUAGUCGAACUGAAUGAGUUAAAAUUCUGCCAUUUUGAAUAGGAUUUUGGCAAUUCACGCUUGCUGUGUUUCCUCUCCGAAGAUAUUACUUUCAUCGAAAUGUAGCGUGUGAGCUUUAAGAAUUAAUGAUAACAUGAAAUGUUUGAUUGAAAUGAAAAUCAUUGUUGAUGAACAUUAGUAGUAUUUGGACAUAUGUCUAAGAGAAUUAUUGAGAUAUGAAACUAAAAUGGCUGAUACUGAGAUGAGGUUAUCGAAUGUAAUAAUGGAAAGUUUUAUUAAGUAGGCAUACAAUUAAAGUGGAUUUUGCCCCUGGAUGUUUAAGACCGUAUAACUGAUAUCUGAAGAAUCUGUAUAUAUGUUCAAUUGUGUAUCAGAAGGUGGUUCAAUGUGUUUCUUACUUCAUUAACAAAAUGGGCCUAAAUUUAAAUAGAUAACUCCUGUGCAACAGUUCUCUGCAACGUCAAUAUUGACUGAUUUUCUUGACAAUUCAAAACGAUAUUCUAUUAAAAACCUAUGAGUUUUGUGGUAACAUUUAAAA